GAUGCACGUGGGUGGUCUGCCCUGCACUAUGCCGCCACAUGCGGCGAUGAGGUGACGGCAAAGAUCCUGGUUGAUGCUGGAGCCGCGUUUGAUUGCGCCUCUGAGCUGGAGGGGUGGACGCCGCUCGCCGUGGCUGUAGGCAGCGGCAGCACAGCUGUCGUGCAGCUGUUGCUGAAUGCUGGCGCCCAG